AUGUCCACCAUUUUUGAGUUUGACGAAGUUUCCCACUUAACCGAAGCCCUCCGCGACACUGCGCUUGGCGAUGAGAUUAACUACAAGAUGCUUGACGAGCCCCCGGACGUGUUUGUGAACGGCACUCACGUUGGCGCCGAGGACGACGGCUUCGAUGAAGAGCCCGUGGGCAUCACCCUGGAAACGCUCCCGAUCCCCAUGCAAACCCGCCAUGGCCGGCGGCCAAGUAUGAUUGCUCUGUCGUACGAGGUCGGUAUCGGUGGUUCGUCGUACGUACUGAGACUACUGGGGUCCGGCGGUCUCUACAAGCCUCGGCUUUGCGAUUUCGAACCGAUUAAAGUGCUCGGCCAAGGGUCCUAUGGCAAAGUGUUGCUCGUACGGGAAAUCGCGACCGGGCGCUUAUUUGCUCAAAAGCAGUUGAAAAAGGCAUCGUUGAUCAUCAACCAAGACACCAACGAAAUCCAUAAAACCAAUUACCAACGCACCCUCAAUGAGAAGCAGAUUUUGGAAUCAGUUAAUCACCCAAACAUCGUCAAGUUAUAUUACGCGUUUCAAGACAACAACAAGCUUUACCUUAUUUUGGAGUACCUUCAAGGAGGGGAGCUUUUCCACCACUUGGCCCAGGAAAAGUUCAUGACGGAAAAGCUGGCGUCGUUCUACAUCGCACAAAUGGUGCUUGCUUUGCGUUAUUUACACGGCCAACUCAAAGUGAUUUACCGCGACUUGAAGCCCGAAAAUUGUUUGCUUAACAGCCAGGGUCAUCUUGUUCUCACUGACUUCGGGUUGCUGAAGGAAGUUGAAGAUGAUUCCAAUUGCCAUAGCAUUACUGGCACCGCCCAAUACAUGGCACCCGAAAUCAUCAAGGGUGAAGAGUACGACUACCGCGUUGAUUGGUGGUCAUUGGGAUGCGUCGCUUAUGACUUGUUGACUGGUCUGCCUCCGUUCACCGGGCAGAACCCUCAAAAGAUCAUGGACAAAAUUGUUGCUGCUGCCGCUAAAAACAACAAACAACUUAAGUUUCCCUUCUACCUCUCGUCGGACUCGAAGGACUUGUUGCGUAAGUUGUUGCAAGUGAACCCGGACAAGCGGCUCAACGUCGACGAGGACUUUGAGAAGGUCAAGAAGCACGCGUUCUUCCGCCACGUCAAUUGGAAGGAGCUUGAAGCGUUGACCCCGCAAUCGGAGUUGCUCCCGCCGAUCUUACCCAUCAUCACUGACCCGGAGUUGGCAGAAAACUUCGACAGUGACUUCACCGACAUGCCGUUCACGCCUGAUACCCACCCAUCGUACAUGAACGGCAAGGACAUCUUGCAUUUACAGGGGUUCAGUUACACCAACGAGAGCUUUUUAGCGAGCCUAAACGGAAAUUGA